GACCAUUUUCUCGCAUUCGUCUCCUUCCGGUGCGUAUCACGCAAUUUUUUUUAGGGCACUUUCAUCAAAAUUUCCACGAUUUGGAUGAUGAAGGGUCAAUGACCUACGAGCGAUGACAACAUUGAUUACAGCUGAAAAGCUAGAAUCAAAGCCAAGUGAUGAAACUAUUUUUUUAACCCAACCGGAAAUUCAAACCAAAGAAGCUGAGCCCACUGUUCAACAGAAUCCUAGCCCAAAUAAAGAGGAGAUUUCGAAAGACAAUUUCCCUCUACUGUCCUCAAUAAAGGUUAAGUGUGGUGGCUGUGGAAAGGAGGCAGUGGUCCAUGAGGACGACACGCCUUCGUAUUUGACCGAAUCCUACAUCUGCGAUAUCUGCAAAUCAAGAGCCCAGAAGAAGCUGCGCCUCCACCAACUCCUCAACGGCAAGGCGCCCUCUGAGGAACUAAAGCGGGUGGAACCGAAGCUGAAGCACCCGUGCCCGGACUGCGGUAAGGAUUUCAUCUCGCAGACCGAUCUUAAAAGACACGCGAACAUCCAUAGGGGAUUGAAGCCGUUUUCUUGCGAUACCUGCGGGAAGUCCUUCACGCAGACCUGUAGUCUGAAGCGCCACCUGUUGACGCACACCGACGUUAAACCACACCAUUGCGAGGUUUGUGGACUGAACUUCAAGGGCCAUCUUGCCCGUCAUAUGAGAACCCAUACGGGGGAGAAGCCAUUCAAGUGCAAGAUCUGCCGGAAAGGUUUUUACAAGAGUGAGCUUCUGAAGAAGCAUCUGACGGAGCAUAUGAGAGACGGGAGUGUCACCUGUUCUAAAACACAGCUAGAUGAUAUCGUUCAGAAGAACUUCAGCCAUCAGCGAACCUGCUUGAUCUGUGACAAGACUUACACCAGCCCCGGACACCUUGCCAGACACAUGAAGCAACAACACAACAGUCAGAAUGUCCUCAGGUGUGGUGUAUGCACCGAGGUGUUCAGCGCCAAGGAAGCGCUGCAGGAACACCUUCAGGGCCACAGCAAGGAAGACCUGGCAGCAAUCAUCGCUGCCACAUUUGCCAACGCUACUGCAUUGACCAACGGGAUGCCUUCUGCUCCUGCUGAUGAAGACGAGGCUGUUCCGGACGAUGAAGAACCUCCGAUAAAGGAGGAACCUUCCCCUGCAGCAAACACCCCAGAUAAUAUGCUAUCACAGAGUGCAGUCCCAGAGGAACAUGCUUGCCUUGAUGAUUGGGUGACCUGUGGGAUCUGUGGCCAUGCCUGUUGCUGUACUAAUAGUGCAGUCCCAGAGGAACAUGCUUGCUUUGAAGAUUUUGGUGACCUUUACGGAUCUGUGGCCAUGCCUGUUGCUCCUUGUCUGUCAUUGCAGAGUGCAGUCCCAGAGGAACAUGCUUGCCUUGAUGAUCGGGUGACCUGUGGGAUCUGUGGCCAUGCCUGUUGCUGUACUAAUUACAUCCCACUUCACAUGGUGAAUCAUGAAGAGACUAUGAUCCAAUGCCGGUCAUGUGGAAUGGACUUUGCCCCAGCAGGCGUAAACAGAACAUCUCAGAUCUGCAAUGUGUGUAAACCGGAGCAGGCAGAAAGCGGUGCAGGAGCAGAACCCCAGAAGGAGGAAGCAGAUGAAACAGACGUGCAAGACAAUCUCCAGGACGAUCUUCAUGAAUACGACGAGCUUGAUAACGACGGCUCGGGAAAGAGAUACCAAUGUCUUCAGUGUGACAAGUCGUACAAGUUCCUGAAACACCUCAAAGAGCACGCCCGUGUCCACGCCGGUGGGUACCGACCGUACAAAUGCAAUACCUGCGGCAAGUUCUUCUCUAAGAGAUACCAUCUGAAUCGGCAUCGACUGAUCCACGCAAGAGUCGAAAGACAGCAGCAGGAGAACCAAUCCGGCUCGCUCGGUGGAGUCGGUGCACCAAACCGGGGGAGAACCGGCAGGCCACCACUGAAUACAGGGAUGAGGGGUAGAAUUGGGCGGCCACCAAUGCAUUCCACAGUGAAGGGGAGGAUUGGGAGACCACCGUCGGAUACCACAGUGAGGGGAAGAAUUGGAAGGCCUCCUCUCUAUUCAGGGAUGAAGGGUAGAAUUGGCAGACCUCCGCUGCAUAGGGUGACUGAGGAGAGGGUUGAUAGGCCGCCAGUGGAGACCACAGUGAAGGGGAGAAUCGGCAGGCCUCCACUGCAUAGUGUAAUUGAAGGGAUUAUCGACCGGCAGCCUUCGGAGACCCUGGAAAAGGCAACAGGUGGCAGGCUUCCAAUGCAUAUCGUGGCGAUCAAGCGGAAAGUCGGUAGCCCUCCGCUUUCGGAGAGCCUCCCAGAGCCGAUCUUGGUCCAGCCAGCCGUUCCGGUCCAGGAGAACAUGUAUGCGAUACCGAGACCACUGUCCAGGCACAUGCCAUUUGUGUGCUGCGCUUGUGGGAGAGGGUUUCCAAAGAGGGUUCCUUUGAAGCGUCAUCUGUUGAAUCACCUUCGGGAAGGUACCAUCCCAAAGGAUCAUCCGCAGCUCGAUGAAAUGAAGGUCAAUUCCUACGUGAACGCAAACGUAGGCGUUUCGCCGCAACUCCAGUCGUGUCCCGUAUGUGGCAAGGUGUGUAAAGGGCUCCACCUCCAGCGCCACAUGAAGAUCCAUUCAGAUGACGAAAUCAAAAGGGCUAGAGACAGUAACCCAGGUGCGUCUCCGCAGCUCCAGAAGCAGCAGAGCAGUCCACAGCAGAGGGUGCCUAUUGCAAAUACUCAUGCCGGAAUUGUCUACAUGAAAGAUGAAGCCCCCGAAUCUCCUGAUAGUGAUGAUUUCAAUGAAGGAGACUUGGACCAUUUUGGUAACGAUGAUCCAAUGCCAAUGUCAAUUGACAAUAUCCUGAAUCUUGGUCAGCCGGAGCCUGAGGUUGUGAAGGAGCAUGAAUGUCUUGACGACCAGGUGAAUUGUGGGAUAUGCGGACACAGCUGCUGCUGUGCAAACUACAUAACGUUCCACAUGGAGAUUCACAAUGAGGAAUCUGACACAUGCGGCAAGUGUGGGAAGGAAUUGGGUGACCUUCCAGCCACUCGAGUUCAAGGUGGACGCAUCUGCAGCAUUUGCACUUCCCGCUCAAGGAAACAGAUGCGCCUCCAUCAGAUUCUCCGCAACAAGGUCUUGCCUCCUGAUUCGCCAGUCAGUGAAUCGACGCCGCAGCGGUUGGAGUGUCCACAAUGUCCAAAGAGCUUUGUGGAUCGCCGGUCCUUCCGGGAGCAUCUUCGCAUCCAUUCAGGCGAGAAGCGCUACCACUGCUCCUUCUGUGGAAUGGCGUUCUCGCACAGCCGCAACUUCAAGCGUCACAUCCAGAGGCACACUGGCGAGAAGCCCAACUGGUGCCAUAUCUGCAAUAAGGGUAUCUCAGGACACCUUGCCAGGCACAUGCGGAGCCACUCUACAGAGAAGAGCUAUGUCUGCAACAUGUGUGGUAAGGGAUUCAACCGCUCAGAACAUCUCAAGAGGCACCUGAAGACACACCUUGGCACGAAAGAGGAGUACCAGUGCCAUAUCUGCGCAAAGAAGUUCAUGCGAAAGGAGCACUUGAAGCGACAUGUGAAGUCUCACAUGGAUGGUUCUCUUGGAUCAGAGGGAGAUGCUACAUCUACUGAAGCAAGUCCAGUAAAACCUGUGCGUCCACCGGUGAAUGAUCAGCCCUACAAGGAACAUCCCUGCACCUACGACGUUGCUGUGUGCGGUCUUUGUGGUGACGUCUGUUGUUGUGCCAACUACAUUCCCUAUCACAUGGAAGUGCAUGGAGAAAAGGCCGAAGACUACAUCGAUGGGCGUCUAGUCAAGAAAGAAGUCGCACCCAUGCAAUGUGGCAAUGGAGGAAAGACAGUCAGGGAGCACUCCUGCACCUUCGAUCCUGUCUCCUGUGGCCACUGCGGAGAGGUUUGCUGCUGUGCAAACUACAUACCCAUACACAUGGAUCUUCAUGGAGAGAAACCAACCGACUUUGCCAAAGACCAGAUCCUCAAGAAUGUCAGAGAAGAAGUCCAGAUAAAGGUUGAUGAACGGAUACCAGAGGAAGCCCCUGAAUCGCCUAAGGAACAAUUGGAAGAUCACCCGUGCUUGGGAGAAAAGGUUGUCUGUGGUAUUAGUGGUGAGACAUUCUGCUGUGCCAACUACAUUGCGCUAUACAUGGUGAAGCACACCAAGCAGGCUGCAGAGACAAGAGGAGAGGAUCAUCCUGAUGAUAUCCUUGAGAAAGCUCUUCAUGCUUCUGAAAUUAUUGGCGAUGUCAAACCACACCCUUGUACUCACGAAAUAGUUAGUUGUGGGGUCUGUGGAGAGCCAUGCUGUUGCCCAAAUUACAUUCCUUUCCAUAUGGAGCUGCACCGUGAAAUCUUGGACCAGGAGACAGUCGUCCAAGAGGAGGUUGUGGGCGUUGCCGAUGAAGUAAUACCCAUGAAAGAAGAAGCUCAUGAAGCUGAUACUACAGGUGAGGUCCAAGAUGUCCCAGCUACUGUUGCUGACGAAGCUGUUGAAGCCCCAGAGGGUGUUGAAGCACCAAGAGCAGUGACAGCAUCAGAGACCGCCGAGGUUGUGAAUAAUGGUAGUGCACGUGCAGUGGUAGAAGAACAUGCGGAAGAGUUUGACUGGGCCAGUGUCGCCAAUUUCCUCCAGGGAAUCCCUGAGCCAGAUCCAUUACCUGUUCCUCCGCCCAUGGCCACCGUAACCAACGUUGAACCUUUGAACGGAUCACCAGUGAAGGUGGAACCUUCCCAGGUUCAAGUCCAAGAGAGUCAGGUGGAUGAUCAUAUAUGUCUUCAAGCUCAGGUGACCUGUGAAACCUGCGGCCAUGUCCUGUGCUGCAUCAACAACCUCAUCCCUCACCUCGACACCCACAAGGUCAUGACCGUACAGUGUGAGGUGUGCCACCAGGAAGUAGAGAUGACCAGGACUGCCACAGUAAUGAAAGAUGGCGUGAAGAUCUACAAGUGCGGUGCCUGCGUGAUGGGCCUGCCAACGAUGCCAUCAAGGUCCUCCAGACCUGCACAGGUAAGAGAUUCCGAAGGAGGUCCCACACCGAGUAAGAAUAUCCCUUGUCCGCACUGCCCCAGGGUGUUGAAGUGCCGCAAGGAUUACACCAGGCAUAUCAAGAUCCAUGCGGAAGUCAAGCCGUACAAGUGUGACAUCUGCGGCAAGGAGUUCACAGCUAUGGCCAACUUGAGGCGUCACCUGGAUGCGCAUGCUGGGGUGAAGGCGCAUGAAUGCACGAUCUGCGGGCAGUUCUUCAGCGGACACAUGGCCCGUCAUAUGAGGACACACACCGGGGAGAAGAAAUACAACUGCGAGAUCUGUCCCAAGGGUUUCAAUCGAAUGGAGCAUCUGAAGAGGCACCUGUGGCAACAUCUCAAGGAUGGCAAUGCCCCAAGCGAUCAUAAACAGCUACUCGAACUAGGCGUAACAAGGGACAAUGCCCAGCCAAGUGAAACCUCCCCGUCAAAGAGCAACUGGUGCGACAUCUGUCACAAGAUCGUCCCCGGUCGUCUGGCCAGGCAUAAGAUGACUCACAGUGACGUGAAACCGUACCAGUGCACCCAGUGCGACAAGGCUUUCUACCGAUCGGAACAUCUGAAGCGCCAUCUGGAGGUUCACGCCAGGAAGGCGCAAUUUACUGGGCUGCUGCCGACAGAGGCAACGGCAUGAAACAAAUUAUUGUGAUUUUAUAAAGUUUGUUCCAGCAACAUCUGCUUUAAUAGAAAAUAUGCACAUGAAGCCUAAUAUAAUUAAAAUUGAACAAUCCAAGGUGGCACCUCGAGGUUCACGCCAUGAAAACGCAAUUCUCAUCAAUGUUAGUUAGGCAGAAGGGUGUUACAUGUAACUCUCACAUGAACUGUACAUUUCACUUUCCAUCUUUUCUUUAUUUAUUUUAUAAAGCUGCACUAAUUCAUUCACAUUUUACUUUAUUUUCAAGUCAAUUUGCUCAUGCUCCAUAUAUUUCUUCUUUCUUUCUUUCUUUUUUAAUUAGUUUUCCAUUGAUUUCUGAUGCUAAAUCCCAAGCAUGAAUUGGUAGUAUUUUACUGUCCUUUUUUUUUAAUACUCCAUCUUCUAAUUAAUGAACUUUGCCAUAAUUGUAUGAUAUUAUUUUGCAAUUCAGUGCCACACAUAUAUAUAUACUACAUGUAAGAUAUAACCACAAAAAUCUGUUUGUUUGACCUUUUGACUUUAAAAAGGUGUAGUGUAUAAUAUUGUUUUGUUUCUGAUCUAAAAAAUAAUUUCUUUGACUUGCUUGGCAAAUAUUUAACAUAUGGAAGGUCAGCUAACCUGUAUUUCGUUAUUAUAUACAUUGUGUUCUUGCCAUGAAACAUGAGACGAAUUUUAUUUUGGUUGAAUAUGGAUAUUAUUUGGUUGAAUAUGGAUAUUAAAUUGAUAUUCAAGCCUUGCAAGGAACUAGUGUCCAUGUUAUUGUAUGACUACUAAAGAAUGGAACCCAGAGUUAUGUUCCAAUUCUUCUAAACAUUUAUAUAACUACUGUUAAAGCAGGACUUUUCACUUACUUUUGGUUGGAAAUUAAUUUUAUCUGAUUAAAUUAUUCAAGGUACCAGUGGCCAUGCUAUUGUAUGACUGCUAUAGAAUGGAACCCAGAUUUAUGUUACAAAUUUUUCUUAACAAUCAUAUUACUAAUGUUAUAGGAGGACUCAUAACUUGAAUCUGGAUAUUAUCUGACUAUAUAGAUAUUCUUUUCACUUACUUUUGGUUGAAAAUUGAUAUUAUCUGAUUAAAUUAUUCAAGGUACCAGUGGCCAUGCUAUAGUAUGACUGCUAUAGAAUGGAACCGAGAUUUAUGUUACAAAUUUUUCUUAACAAUCAUAUUACUAAUGUUAUAGCAGGACUCAUAACUUGAAUCUGGAUAGUAUCUGACUAUAUAGAUAUUCAAGGAAUCAGCGGCCGUUUUAUCAAGGCUAUUUAGAGUAGAACCCAGAAAAGGUACAAUCUACAUGUAUGUUAUAGCAGGAAUCUUAUUUGAUUUGAAGAGCAUUGAACCGGUAUAAGCCAGUUCGUAGUUCCAUUCUGCGCAUGAUCAGAGAAAGGUCAUUUGUACUAAAGUGGCAUGGUGGUUUAAAAGUUGAUGAGAUAAGCACCAACUUUGGUGUCUUGAUUAUUCAUAUAUUCUUUUCAAUUGUGUUUUUCAUUUGCAUCCACAAAGAACAAAAAUGCGUCCACGACUGGUAUUUCACUGCAGUUUGCCAAGUACAUUGUACAACAUGCUAUAAUAUGCAUUCAAAGUAGAAAUGCAACAAAUACCUUCACGGAGUCUUCAAUGGUGUGCUAUUCUAGUCACCUGGUAUAAUUCAAUUUCUUCAUCCUGCUAUGUAAGGCAUGCAUAUGUUAUAUCCUGCUUUGAAAUCUGCCUAUCAUAAUGAAAUAAAUGAAAGGUCAUUUGACCAAAAUUGUCCCUGAUGUAACUACGAACUGGUCUAUUACAUUGCUAUAUCAGGAUCCCGUUGCAUUAAAGUCACUUUCAUGAUAACUUUGCCAUCCAAUGGUAACUAUUAUAUGACACCGAGAUAGAUCCUUGUGAUUUGAUUGGUUGUUUGAUAUCGUUCAUUCAGCCCAUUUUGCAAUGACGUCAUCAUUCAACCGUGCAAUUUUGGAUCCAUACGAUUUUGUCCAUUGCACUCGCGCACCGAGACUGCAGCUCAACAAUCAACAGACCAAACUCGCACUGCAUGAGCAUGUUUUGCAUCAAAAUUCAUGAAUUUCAUAUGAAAAAAAUAUCAUUUUUAGGUGUCAUAUAAACCAAAUAAUGAUUUUUUUUCAUUCGUGCAAUGGACAGAAUACUUCAUUCGGUGAAAGAUUGGAUCAUUUCAUCUUUCACCUCAUGAAGUAUUCUAUACAUUGCACUCAUAAACAUUCAUUAUUUGUAUACCAUGGUAACAUGGCUCAACAGCCAAUCAGAAUCAAGGAUUCCAUUAAAGAAACCAUAUCAUGGCAAAGUUACCAUUAUAGUUUCAUGCAACAGGGCCCUGGUAUAUAUUAUGGGAAUGAAGAUAUACCAGAUAUAGCAUCUAUUGAAUAUAAUCAUAUCAUAUAUCUAUUGAAUAAAAUUGUAUCAUAUCUAUUCAAUAAAAUCAUAUCACAAUAGUUAUUUCACUUUCACUUUAUAGACCACUGGGUCCCGUCUUACGUAGAGUUACGAUUGAUCCGAUCAACCACAACUAUGGAAAUCCAAGCAACGUCAACAUAUAAAAUGCAUGUUUGUUCAGCAUGUAAUCGACAUAUGUUGAAUAUUUGUACAUUCAUUGUUUUCUUGAACAUUUUGUAUGCUUCUCUUUGUUUACAAACGAUAUUGUGAAAAUUUCCUGUACAAAAAAAGAUGACAUUGUUUGAUUUCCAUAUAGUUGAGGUUGAUUCGACCAAUCAUAACUCUUUGUAAGGUGGGGCCCUGGUGUUAAUCCAAGCGGCAAUCCUUUUGUUCGGGGGGGGGGGGGAACUAUUGCUCCAUCCCCCCACCACUUGAAUAAUAUGACAUCAUGUAUCUACACCUAUAUUAUAGAUCAUCCUCACAGGCAGUCAUGUUUUAAUAUAGGACAAACAAUAUAUACCUGUGCAUCAUACAAAGAUAAAUCAUUGUUUUUUUAUGUUCUAAUGCACAGGUUUCCUCAUCUGUAUUCCCUGGCCCGUAUUCUGAAGUCAGGUUUAACUUAGACCAUGGUCUAACUCUGUGCUAAAAUUAUGGGAAGCCAAAAGUGUCAACAUUUUUAUUAAGUUGUAUGUUUCUUAUGUUCACUGUGCUCUUUCCUGAUGCAUUGAUGGUGAAGACAAUCAUCUACUUAUACUUCCUAGACAAUAAUAAAUGAUUUGAGAGCCAAAUGAGCUGAAAUAUGAUAUCUUUACUGUUAGUGAUUUAUGUAGCAAUUGGCUUUCCAUACUUAAACCACAACUUUAAACCUGAGUUUGAGUUAAACCCAACUUCAGAAUACGGGCCAAUGUAUCUACACCUAUAUUAUAGAUCAUCCUCACAGGCAGUCAUGUUUUAAUAUAGGACAAACAAUAUAUACCUGUGCAUCGUACAAAGAUAAAUCAUUGUUUUUUAUGUUCUAAUGCAUAGGCUUCCUCAUCCAGACCUGCCAACCAGUACGUUUUAGCCGUAUUUAGUACGUUUUUGCAACCAAAAUACGGCAGUACGUUUUUUCUUUAAAAAAUAUGUUUUUUUUUUUU